GAAUUUCAGAGCCUUUCGUAUUUCUGUGUUCUUUUUUCCGUGGUGAAAUUCCGUAAUUCCCUUCCUUUUCGUGCGAAAUUCUGAAAUUUCUUUGAAAGAUCAUAGGAUUGUGGCGAAUUUCUCUGUACGCUUAAGAGCAUAUUUUUUGAACUGUAACGAUGCAUAGAAGGAGCAGAGGUGGUGGGGAUGCUUUUUUUGAUUUUGACGAUCCCUUUGCUGGGUUUGGAGGCUUUCCGGGUCAAAGAAGCUUAAUUUCUGAUUUUUUUGGUGGAAGGGAUCCAUUUGAUGAUCCUUUCUUCAGAAGUCCAUUUGGAAGCAUGUUUGAAUCAAGCUUCUUUGGUGGUUCUGGAAUUCCUUUUGCUAACAUGCAUGCGUCUGGAUUCCUUGAUCAUCAGCCCCCUGAGGCUAAAAGACCAAGGGGUCUAAUUAUUGAGGAAAUAAAUUCAGAUGAUGAAAAAGAAGCAGAAAAAGAAAGUAAAAAUACAAAGAGUUCUUCCAAAGAUCCUAUUGUAGAAGGCCCUGAUGAUGAAGAUAAGCGGAACCAACAUUUGCAGCUCGUGGAUCAUCAUAGUAGACCAAAUCAGAGGCAUGUUCGACCCCAAGCUAAUAGCUUCACAUUUCAGAGUUCCUCUGUAACUUAUGGAAGUUCGAAUGGGACAUAUUAUACUUCAUCAAGAACGAGGAGGGCUGGAAGUGAUGGUGUGGUUUUCGAAGAAAGCAAGGAAGCUGAUACCGCAACCAGACAAGCAACCCAUAAAGUUUCAAGAGGACUUCAUAAUAAGGGCCAUUCAUUUACAAGGAAACUAAAUCCUGAUGGUAAGGUGGAUACCAUGCAAACUUUGCAUAAUCUUAAUGGAGAUGAGCUUGAAAGUUUUGAAAAUGCUUGGGCAAGGAAUUCAAGAAGUUUGCCUGGUUGGCCUGGUAGUUCAAAUGGCUUUGAUAAUAUUGCAGGUGGCAUGGGUCUAAAUGGCCAAACUAACCAAGGUGGGUUGGCAGUUCUCUCCGCUCAGCAUCCUCAAGUGGCUGGAAGGACAGCCGGGGAAGGCAGCAGUAACCCGAGAUCCUCCCGCGCGCAGCAAGUGAACAGAAGCAGGAAAGAUGCAAGGUACAGGAGUGCCUAAACUUGUGGAGUCGAAAGUACAGGCCUGAUAUGGAAGGUGGUCUUUGCUGCAUCUUUUGUUGAAUCCAUUUUACUAAUAGUUUCGAAACUGAGUAGUUGUGUUAGAAAAAUGGCAUUCUUAGAAAUUGAAUGAAGAUGAUACUGUCUAUAUUCAGUGCG